AAUUAUCAUCAAUUGAUGAAUGCUUUGAUGAAGUUCAUCACAAAUUGAAGAAUCUUGUGAAGACGAUCAAUUUAAUAGUGAAAUGAGUGAAAUUGAGGAAUCUUUCGACUAUAUGAAUAGGUGUGAAAGUAAAAUUAUUUUCAUGUUGAAUAAGAGAAUUGUUCUCAAUAAUGAUGUCAAAUCUGAGGUUAAGUCAAGGGUAUAAUUGCCAGUAAUAGACUUACCUAAGUUCAAUGGCACAUAUGAAGGAUGGUUGUGUUUCAAAGAUAUUUUUCAUUCUCUCGUUCAUUCAAAUAAAUCGAUCAGUGAUAUACAAAAAUAUCAUUAUUUUAGUUCGAUCGAAUAGAUACUUUUCCAAUUAUUCAAAGAAGAAGUCAUAUGGUAAUAUCUCAAGAGACUGAAAUAUUUAUGGUGGGUUUCAUAAUACUUUUAUUGUGGUGAUUUGCUCGAUCAAAUCAUUUCUGUGUUCAAUUCCAGUAAAUUUUUGACACUUCCAUAGAUUUCAAACUACAAUCGACCAGUUGAUCGGUCAAUCAGAGUUUUGUGAAACCUAUCGUUAGCUGUUGAAACUGUUUGUCUAUUUUGGCAUAAAUUGUUUCACCCACCACAUUUGAAUAAUUUGACCUCUAACGACUAGUUUAUCAGCAAUAUGAAUGAGGAUUACGAAUACAGUAUGAUAAGGUUACAUAAGAAUGCUCAUCGCGUCUUCAUUUGAUAUCGUUGAAAAGAGAAAAAAAAACCGAAAUUAUUAAUUUUUAUUUGUUUCAUAUAUCACUGGACAAGGAUUAAUGAUUUGUUCCAGAAUGAUACUUUGUCCGAUAAGCAUCUGUUUAAAUUUAAAAUCUAUUGCAUUUACUCCACAUAACUGGUUAUACAAUUGACGUUGUUUGAGCUUGUUUUUUCGGGGAAUUAUCCAAUAGCAACAAUGAUUGAAAAGAGAUUAAUUUUGUCAAUUUUCUUUGCGGUAUUAGUUAUGGCAUGUACGGCAGACAAGUUUGAGGAUUGGAAAGACCAAAUGAAAAAGCUCCAAGGAAAAUGCGCAAAACAGUUACAAGUAGAUGAAGCUUCAAUUGAAGAAUUACUGAAGUCCACUACUGUUGACGUGUCGAGUAGCGAUAUACAGAAAGUUAUUAAAUGCAUCGUAUUAGAAAUUGGAUUCGUGGAUGCAAAUGGAAAUAUUGGGAUGGCAAAAGUUGUGGAACAUUUGAAAGGUCUUGGUUUAGACGACAAAACCAUAAAGGAAGUAAACGAUAAAUGUAACAGUAUAGAAAAAGUUGCUGAUCAAAAUGAGUUAGUAGGUCGUUACUAUAAAUGUUACGAGGAAAAUUUACCAAGAAAAUAUCUUGUUUUUUGAAUAUAAUGCUUUUUCAUAUAUGACUUUAUAUUGUUUUGUUCUUGAAUGCGAGAUUGAAAUUAAAAGUUGUCAAAUCAGUCGAAAAUAGA